UGCUGCCCCGCCCGCUGCCUUCCCUAGGGUUUUAAAGCUUCUAAAGUGCACAGUUUCACUCUCCUAGGGUUUAGAGAACUACGCUGCAAUUCCACAUCACCAAUGGCUUUCUGGGGCAUUGAAGUAAAACCAAGCAAACCCUAUAUCCAUCGGUACGACAAUGAGAGGGGAAGACUUCAUAUAUCUCAGGCAACGCUGGGUAGUGGUUCUUCAACUAAGAAGAGCAAAGUUCAGUGUAAUGUGGGAGAUAAAAGUCCCAUUUACUUAUGUUCAUUGCUACCUGAAAUACUUGAGACUUGCACGUUGAAUCUCGAGUUUGAGGAGGAGGAUGAAGUUAUGUUCUCGGUUAUUGGCCCUCACAGUGUGCAUCUCUCCGGUUUCUUCUAUGGUGAAACUGAUCAGGACAAACUUGGAGAUGAUUCUGGGUCCGAUGCUUAUGAAGAGAAUAUCGUGGGGAUUGAUUCUGAAGAUGAGAAUGAUUUUAUGAAUUAUGAUUCUGAAGGUGAAGAUGAGGAUGGUGUCUUUAUUGAUGAUGAUGAUGAUCUUGGCAUAAUCCCAACUUCUCCUGUCCCCAACAGUGGAGUGAGAAUAGAAGAAAUAGUGGAUGAUGAAAAGCCUGUCUAUGAGAAUGGUGUGUCUAAACGGUCAAAAAAGAAGAAAAUUCGGUCGAACAUGUCUGAUGAUAACGUGGAUUCUGAUCGGCAGCUUGUGGUCAAGAGUGGACACGAUGUUCCUGUCUUGGAAAGUGAAGAUGAAGAUGGUUUUCCAGUAUCUACAGGCGGAGACAAAACGCAUUUUUCAAACUCCAUAUCAAAAUCAGAACAAAUCAAAGAUGAUAAUGCAGAUGCGGAAUCCCAGAAAAAGAAACCAAAAACUGAAGCAAGCAAAAAUUUGAAAAGAAAGAUUGAUGCAGUUGGUCGAGAUGGAGAACAUGGAAGUAGAGAAGACGACACACCCCAUGGCUCUUCAGAUACACCUGAUAAUUUGUCUAAAAAUGAUGCUAAACAAAAGAAAAAGAAUAAGAAGAAAAAGGUAACGAAGAAGGCUCAGGAAACUGUUGUUGCAGAUUCCAAUGAUGCAGAGCAGCUGCCAAUGGCUGAGAUGGAAAAUGACUCGAAGCCAACAAAUGAGAAGAAGAAAGAAAAAAAGAAGAAAAGUAAACAGAAUAAAACACAGGAGAUUGCAUCGAACAUGAAUGAAGAUAAAAGUUUAAUAGAUAAAAAUGGAUCCAUCGUGGAGAAGGAAGAGAAGCAAGAAGCCAAAUCUUUGCAAGUGAGGACGUACCCAAAUGGGUUGGUCAUAGAGGAGGUGGCCAUGGGUAAACCAGAUGGGAAAAGAGCUUCUUUAGGGAAAAAGGUUAGUGUCUAUUACAUUGGCAAGCUGAAGAAGAAUGGCAAAAUAUUUGACUCGAAUAUUGGCAAGGCACCCUUCAAAUUUCGUUUAGGUAUAGGACAAGUUAUCAAGGGAUGGGAUGUUGGGGUUAAUGGCAUGCGUAUUGGAGACAAAAGGAGACUUACAAUUCCACCUGCCAUGGGUUAUGGAGCUAAAGGAGCUGGUGGGACUAUUCCACCAAAUUCAUGGCUGGUAUUUGACGUUGAGUUAGCAGAUGUAAAUUGAGCACAAUAAAUCUUGCACCUCCAUUUUGGACCUGUCAGGGUAGUUUUGCCGUGCAUUCCAAUUUUGUAACUGGUUGUAAAAGUGCAGCAACGUUUUGCAGGAUGAAAUUUUGAGAUCUACUUUGCUAUUUCUGUCUUGGUUUUGUUUCCCAAUAUCUCGCUACAUCUUUUCUUGUUCUAGAUCCAAACAAUAUUACAGUUUUGUCAAUCAAGUCUUUCAAGUGCCAUGCAACAUUGUAUAAUGAUUCAUCCAAGAAUAUUUGGUACCAUUAUUUUAUGGUUCUGUCAAGUA